AUGGCGCUUGCGGGGCCAGUCGCCGUGGCGUCGACAGUCGCCCAGGCGCAGAGAAGCGCCGCGACAACGUCGGUGUCCUUCGUCCGAAGUCCGGACGAGGCACGUGGCGCACGUGGCGCACGUGGCUUGGGUCAUGCGACCCUGGCCUUUUGCUCAGCCCUGGCGGCAGUCGUAGGCGCCCGGCGCCGCACUGUGCGCCGUGGAGCGAAAGCCUCGCGCUGCGCUUCCGAGAACGAGAAGGAGGCCGAAGCCCAGAACUUUCUAGAGGUGCAGCGUCGUGCCGCACUGGGUCUCUCUGCCGCCGUGUGUUCGGCCUGUGGCGGAGGGGCGGCCUUUGCAGACUACGAAGUGUUGAACCUGAAACGUUCCACCACUGGGUGCACCGAGUGCGAUUCGACUGGCUUGGUUGGCUGUUCAGGGCACCCAGUGGUCAAAUGUGUGAGGGCACGGGCCAAUUCCGAACGCACGGAGCUCAUCGGUCCGAUGGCUUUGAUCGCCUCAGAGUAG